AUGGACCUCUUCUGGACGUUCACGCGCUCGGGCACCUUUGAGGUGCACAAUAUGUCCGACAUGAGCUACGCCAUCCAGUUCGCCAUCAGCGUUCACAAGGUACGCGGCGACGACAGCGGCUUCUACACCUGCCUGUUGUACAACCACAUCGGCUUUGACAUGGCGAACGCCCACCUGCGCGUGGUGGAAGAGGUGCCGCGGGCGGCGCUGCCCGUGCGGCCUGCCAACGCCAGCGCGCUGCUUGGCUCGCGCGUGACGCUGGAGUGUCCAGCUGCGGCCGCCGCCACCAGCGGCGAAGUCAUCUGGCUGCGCUCCGAGACUGGCGCGGUCCAGCUGACGACGCCGCGGCAGUUGGAGCAGGCCAGGCAGCACGCGCUGUCCAGCUCAGAGGUUGACGGCAGUCGCUUCGACACGUCCUCGCCGCCCCGUCUGAUCAUCACGAACGUGACGGCCAACGACUCGGGGUACUACGUCUGCGUCGUCCACACUGCCUGGGACGUCGCAUACGCCUCGGCCUAUGUCGCAGUGGUGGAAGCACUCGCGAAUGUGCUGCGAUAA